UCCAAGAAGGUAAAUGGUUCCGAGACAUCUGAACAACUAAGAUCAACUGCAACAUCUGGAAUCAAGAGAUCAAGACUUGAGAUGGGUCGUGCCCUUCAGGAAGAAAUCAGUGAGAUAAACUAUAGGCUAAUCAAUACAGUAUUGGACAUCAGCAGUGAAGAUAUGAAUCUGACGUCAGCCGUAGGUGAUGAUGUUGAAGGAAGGAUUGUCAAUUGUACAUUCCACCCAAUAGGCAGUUCAGCUGAAAUGUUUCCUGUUCUACCUAUACGGUUCCUAGUCUCUGCAAAUUAUCCCUACUGCUCCCCUACGUUAAUAGAUAAGUUGUCUGGCAAUCAGAGUAACGAGUACGAAAAUCUACUGACAAAAGCAACAACAAAGUUCAAUACAUCCCUCCGCUGCAUGUCCGAACCAAUUUCACUCAAAGAGAUGGCUAAGAGUUGGGAUUCUUGUGCCAAUGCAGUUUUUCUUGAGUAUGCCCGGCAGAAUGGAGGAGGAAGCUUUAGCUCUAGAUACGGUACUUGGGAAAAAUGUGUUGAUGCUGUUUGAUUCACUGGAAUGUUGGAAGUGAUUGGGGAUAAUAGAUACAGAUCGUUAGCAAUGUCGCUGCAUUUGCUGUUGUUUACCCCGACAUAUCAGUUCUUUAGUACAAUCAUUUGUAUAAUCAAUAAUCCUGUGAAAGAAUGUAAAAUGAGUUAUACAGAUUUAUACAAGGAGAAGACAACAAGUGUAAUUCUUAUCUGUAAAUUCCUUGUCAUUGUGGCAAUUUAUUCAGCUGCGCCAAUUUUGAUAUAUUGCCGAAUUUGAAAAGUAAAGAAUAAUGUAUCAUUUUGAUCUUGUUCUCUUAA